AAAGCGAUGAGUCGGCUGUUGAUUAUUACGGCCAAAUGUGACGCAUGCGCACACCUCGCUCUUCCUUUCUGCUAGCUUCUCCGCCAUGGCGCCUAUCCAGAAGAAGCAGAACACCGGCAAAGGUGGAAAGAAGAAGAAGCAGGUGUUGAAGUUCACUCUGGACUGCACCCAUCCUGUUGAAGAUGGAAUCAUGGAUGCUGCCAACUUUGAGCAGUUCCUUCAGGAGCGCAUCAAGGUAAAUGGGAAGGCCGGUAAUCUGGGAGGAGGAGUGGUGUCCAUUGAGAGGAGCAAGAGCAAGAUCACAGUGUCCUCUGAAGUGCCCUUCUCUAAGAGAUACCUGAAGUAUCUGACCAAGAAGUACCUGAAGAAGAACAAUCUUCGUGACUGGCUGCGUGUUGUGGCCAACACCAAGGAGAGCUACGAGCUCCGCUACUUCCAGAUUAACCAGGAUGAAGAGGAGGAAGAAGAUGAAGAUUAAAUGUUUUUUUUUUUACUUUAAAAUAAAUGGUCUUUACAGUACCACA